AUGGAGCACCGAAAAGCCCUCCUGCCGCUGCUCGGCGUCUGCGCUUGGAGCCUCCAGGGUUGCGAUGUGAGCUGCAGGUUUGGGGAGGAGCUGCGCUGCUACAGCGAUGGGCUCGUUGCUGCCAAGGUAGAGUGUGACAAGCUGGGCCAGCAGAACAGAACCACGCUGAAAGACUCCUAUGAGAAAGGCUACGAGGAUGGUUUCCAAGAGGCUCUCCUGCACUUCAAGGGACACACGUACACCUGGCUCGAGUGGAUCCGUGAUGUGCUGAUCGACCUCAUCGCCAUCAUCACGGCAUUGCUUUUGAUUGGCUUCACGGUUGGGCACUUCAAGACGCAACAUGAGCCCGAGACGUUUGCCACGACCUCGAAUCGUGGGAAGCUGGCCAUGCGAAGGAGCAUCAUUGGUUUGCAGCACAUCGGCGUGCUGAAGGGCGCUGAAGCCUGCCACAACGAACAGCAAGCG